GUGGGCGUCGGCGGCCCGCUGUCGCUCCUGCCGCCGGUGGCGACGCUCGCCGUCGCGCUGGGCACGAAGCAGGUCGCCGUCGCGUUGCUCGUGGGCAUCUGGUCCGGGUGCCUGUUGCUGCACAGCCGGAACCCGGCCGUCGCCCUCCUGCGCGCCGUCGAUAUGCACGUGCUCGACGCCGUCGUCGACAAGGAGCACGCCACGGUCAUCCUCUUCAACCUGCUGCUCGGCGGGACGAUCGGCGUCGUCCAAAAGGGCGGCGGCGCGCAGGGCCUCGCGCGGAGCCUCAAGCGCUUCGCCAAGGACGCCAAGAGUUGCCUGGCGACGGCCUGCGGCCUCGCGGGCCUCAUCUUCUUCGACGACUACGCGUCCAUCCUCAUCGUCGGCAACUCGUUCCGCCCGCUCGUGCCCGCGCUCCGCGUCUGCCGCGAGAAGUUCGCGGCGCUGCUCCACUUCGUCGCCGUGUCCGUGUCGGCGUCGUCGCCCGUGAGCUCCUGGAUCGGCCAGCAGGUCGGCAUGGUCUCCGCGGCGACCGCGGCCGUGCCGCCGGGCGCGAUCCCGUCCGCGUUCGUCCUCACGGUGCGCACGCUGCCCUACCGCCUCUUCCCGCUGGCGCUCCUCGCCUUCGUCGCCGCCAACGUCGCGUCGGACCGCGACUUCGGCCCCAUGCGCGACGCCGUGGCGCGGAACGAGGCCGCGCCCGCGCCGGGCGCGGCGGCGGCGCCGGACGGCGGCGCGGCGCCGGACGCGGGCGCGCUCGAGCCCGCGCCGGGCACGCCCCUGCGGGCGCUCAACGCCUUGGUGCCCUUUGGCACCAUCGUCGCGGCGACGCUCGGCGGCAUGGUCCUCGACGGCCGCGCCGCGCUCCGCGCGGCGGACCCGGCGGCGCCCGCGGGCGUUCUGGCGGCGCUGAGCGCGGGCGACAGCGUGCUCGCGCUGCUCUGGGGGUCGCUGCUCGGCGCGACGUCGUCCGUGGGUUUACUGUUGGCCCAGAAGAUCCUCUCGCUCGACGUCGCCGUCGCGACGUUCAUCGAGGGCAUGAAGGACGUCGUCGAGCCCGUCAUCGUGCUCGCGCUCGCGUGGGCGCUGGGCGGCAUCAUCGGCGCCGCGGGCACGGCGGACUUCAUCGCCGGGGCGCUCCUCGCCGGCGGGUUGCCGGCCUGGGCCCUGCCCGCGUCGAGCAGCCUCCUCGCGUACGUGAUCUCGUUCGCGACGGGCUCGUCCUUCGGCACGAUGGGCAUCCUCUUCCCGCUCAUCGGCCCCCUGGCCUGGCGCCUCGGCGGCGGCGACGUGGCCAUGCUCACGCACUGCUUCGGCGCGCUCCUCGGCGGCAGCCUCUUCGGCAACGUCUUCUCGCCGAUCGCCGACACGACGAUCCUCACGCAGCUCGCGACGCGCGUGCCCCUCGCGGACCACGUCAAGACCGCGGGGCCCUACGCGCUCCUCGUGGGGGCGCUCUGCGUCGUGCUC